CUGCUGGGGAGCCUUGACCUAGCUGGUAGAUUUCUCUUUGCGACCUUGACCCUGAUGACACUAAUUGCCAAUCUGAUAUUUAUGGAAGAAGUGAUCUACAUCUACAGGAAAAUACCCUCCUCCAAAAGAUCCAUUUUAAUUUGGAUAAAUGCUGCAGCUCCAGUGAUUGCUACAACCUCAUGCAUUGGCAUGUGGAUUCCUCGCUCAACAAUGUUUACAGAUUUCACAGCAUCAGUAUUUUUUGCCAUAGUUAUCCACAAGUUCCUGUUGAUGAUGAUAGAAGAGUGUGGGGGUCAAAAGCUCUUCCUGAAACGGUUUGAAAAUGGUCACUUCAAGAUCAGCACGGGGCCCUGCUGUUGCUGCUGCCUGUGCCUGCCCGGUGUGCGCAUCACUAGGCGAUCCCUCUUUUGGCUGAAGCUGGGCACCUUCCAGUUUGCUUUAUUUCGACCUGUUUUCACGUUUCUGUCAACAGUGCUUUGGACCAAUGGCAAUUACAGCCUUUCCAAUUUAUCUCCCAAAGGAGCUGCAAUAUGGAUUAGCUGCUUCAUUGCCAUCCUUACCAUUAUUGCUCUGUGGCCAGUUGGAAUCAUGUUUCAGCAAGUUAGGGUUCUCCUUAACUAUAAGAAGAUCAUCCUAAAGUUUGCUCUUUAUCAGUUUAUCCUCAUUCUGAACCACUUGCAGACAGCUAUUAUCAACAUUUUGGCUAUGCAAAGAAUUAUCCCUUGUGUUCCACCACUCUCUUCUCCAGCAAGAGGAGCAUGUAAGUUCUUUUGGAAAGAAUGUUCUUCGUUUUCUUACAGAGGCAUCAGUUCAGUUUUGCUAACUGCAAUAUCUAGUGUUUUCCCCAAAUAUGAAUUUCAUGGGAUUUCACGUAGCUUCUGGAGAAUUUCAGCUUUUAUUAAAAAAUAAUGCAUACAUGACUAC